ACCAGUCAUAGUGAAAAGAAAAACUAAGAUCUCAAGCUCAAAAUGCCACAAGUCAAUAUUCAUUCACUAGCUCAAGCUACCUUUUCACCACGAUCUGCCUUUCAUCUUGCCUUGGCUACCAAUAUAGGGGCAGGAAUCUGGGUAUCUUUUAUUGGAGGUGUGAUCAUGUACAAAAACUUACCUAGACCUGUCUUUGGUAACAUUCAAAGAAAGCUCUUUCCAGCUUAUUUCACUCUCGGAUCUGCUCUCUCAGCAGUUUUAUUCUCACUUCAACUCAAAUUGAGUCCAACCUCUCAAUCUCAACUCUUCAGACCAUCCUUGAGCUCAGCUUUCUUAAUACCUUUAUUAUUAAGUUCAAUGACUAUAAGUUCAUUAACCAAUUUACUCUACAUUGGUCCUAAAACUACCAAGAUUAUGCUUAAUCGACAUGCAUUGGAAGAAGAAGAGAAAAAACAAUAUAACGAUUCAAAUGUGGGAGAUGAGAUGAAGGCACUUAAUAAACAAUUUGGGAUUGCUCAUGGGAUUUCUAGUUCUCUUAAUGUGUUUGGAUAUUUGGUUCCUAGUGUGUUUGUUUGUCUUUGGGUUGGAGAACAUGGUUUCUCUUGAAGAUUUGUGAUUCAUUGAUGGUUAUCUACACCAGAAAUUUUUCAACUUGUUUCAAUCUGUUUAACAUCAUCAAAAUCGGCCUCCUUUCACUUUGUCUGUGGUCUCCGUUUCACGAUACGAUGUGAUCAUCAUUGUGGUCUCAAUUUAAGUCUUAUCUCUGACUUUUGAUC